GCCGCCAAAAUUCAAGUGAGAGGAAAAGAAGAAGCAGUCGUCGGUUGUAAACACGGGGCUGUUAUCCUGGCGUUUCGUGACUUUUUUUUUGAUUUUUAACACCACAUUAUAAGCCUCCGGACCCCCGCGGAGAGAGAGAGGACGGACUGAACAUGCACAUUAAGUCUGUUAUUGUUGAUGGGUUCAAAUCCUACGCGCAGAGGACGGAGAUCAACGGAUUUGACCCGCUUUUCAACGCCAUCACGGGACUGAACGGCAGCGGAAAGUCCAAUAUUUUAGACUCCAUAUGUUUCCUUUUGGGCAUUUCUAAUCUCUCCCACGUGCGAGCGUCCAACCUCCAGGACUUGGUUUACAAAAAUGGACAGGGUGGCAUCACCAAGGCCACCGUGUCCAUCACCUUCGACAACGCCAACAAGAGCCAGAGUCCCUUGGGGUUUGAAACCCACGACGAGAUCACCGUCACCAGACAGGUGGUCAUUGGCGGCAGGAACAAGUACCUCAUUAACGGAGUCAAUGCUAACAACACCAGGGUGCAGGACUUGUUCUGCUCUGUCGGCCUCAACGUCAACAACCCACAUUUUCUCAUCAUGCAGGGGAGGAUCACCAAAGUGCUGAACAUGAAGCCCCCAGAGAUCCUCGCCAUGAUUGAGGAGGCAGCAGGGACCAGGAUGUAUGAGUGUAAAAAGAUCAGCGCUCAGAAAACCAUCGAGAAGAAGGAGGCGAAGCUGAAGGAGAUUCAGACGAUUUUGGAUGAGGAAAUCACUCCAACCAUGCAGAAACUGCAAGAGGAAAGAUCAUCAUACUUGGAGUACCAGAAGCUGAUGCGUGAGAUCCAGCACUUGUCCCGGCUCUAUGUGGCCUGGCUGUUUGUGUGUGCAGAGGAAACCAAGCUGAAGUCGGCCGACAACCUGAAGGGGCUGCAGGACAACAUCACAAAGAUGCAGGCGUGCAUGGCUGAGAACGAGAGCAAAGUCAAGGAGCUCUCAGCCCAGAUUCAGGAGCUGCAAAAGAAAAAAGACCAGGAGGUGAACGGGGUUUUGAAAUCCCUGGAGGAGGCUCUCGCUGAUGUGCAGAGAGUGGACGCUAAAGCUCAGAGUGCGCUCGAUCUGAAAAAGCAGAAUGUCAAAGAUGAAACCAAGAAGAGACAGGAGCUUGAGAGUAUGGAGGAGGACAAGAAAAUGCUUAUGGUGAAAGAAAAGGAGGUUUCUAAGUCGACGGAGCAGCUUCAGGCUCUUCAGGAGGAGGGGCAGAAAGACAGCGCAGCUCUGGAAGCAGCUGAGCAGCAUUUCAGAGCUGUGUCCGCCGGUCUCUCUACCAAUGAGGACGGAGAGGAGGCCACGCUGGCUGGACAGAUGAUGACCUGCAAGAACGACAUGAGCAAGGCAGACACCGAGGCCAAGCAGGCCCAGAUGACCCUGAAGCAUGCGCAGGCAGAGCUCAAGACCAAACAGGCUGAGGUGAAGAAGAUGGACGGUGGCUACAAGAAAGACCAGGACGCCCUGCAGGCUGUCAGGAGCAGCAGGGAGAAACUCCAGGCUGAACUAGCUAAACUCAACUAUGAAGAUGGGAAGGAGGAGAGUCUGCUGGAGAAGAGAAGGCAUCUGUCCAGAGAGGCCUCUAAACUCAAAGAGACCUACGAGAGGCUCAUGUCUCGCUUCCCCAACCUGCGCUUCGACUACAAGGACCCCGAGCGAGGAUGGGACCGCAGCAAAGUGAAGGGUCUGCUAGCUAACCUGAUCACAGUCCGUGACCUCUCCUACUCGACCGGGCUGGAGGUCGUUGCAGGGGGGCGGCUCUAUAACAUUGUCGUUGACACAGAGGUGACCGGUAAAAAGCUGCUGGAGAAGGGAGAGCUGCAGCGCAGGUACACCAUCAUCCCGCUGAACAAGAUCUCUGCCAAGACACUCAAUGACAGAGUGGUCAGCGCUGCCAAGGGCCUGGUCGGGGAGAACAACGUCCACACGGCUCUGUCCCUGGUGGGCUACGAGUCUGACCUGCGCAAGGCCAUGGAGUACGUCUUCGGCUCCACGCUGGUGUGCGACACCCUGGACAACGCCAAGAGGGUGGCUUUUGAUAGGCAGGUGAUGACCAAGACUGUCACUCUUGGAGGGGACAUCUUUGAUCCUCAGGGAACUCUGAGCGGAGGUGCUCGCUCUCAGUCGGCAUCCGUUCUGUCCAGCCUGCAGGAGCUGAAGGAGGUUCGGGACAACUUGAAUGAGAGUGAAGCCCAGCUGCAGGAAAUUGAACGACAACUGUCCAGCCUGAAGGGAAUCGCUGAGAAGUACCGUCAGCUGAAGCAGCAGCAUGAACUGAAGGUGGAGGAGGAGCAGAUCCUGCAGGCCAAAGUGCAGCAGAGCUCCUUCCACCAGCAGCAGGAGGAGCUGGAGAGGCUGCGCAAGGCUAUCGAGGAGAGCGAGGAGACGUUGCGCGUCACCAAGGAGGUGCAGAAACGGGCCGAAGAGAAGUACAAGGUGCUGGAGAACAAGAUGAAGAACGCCGAGGCGGAGCGGGAGAAGGAGCUGAAAGCCGCCCAGCAGAAGCUCAACGCCGCCAAGGCCAAAGCCGACGCCUUCAACAAGAAGCUGAAGCAGAAGCAGCAGGAGUCUGAGGCCGUGGCCCUGGAGCUGGAGGAGCUGCGGAGGGAGCAGGCGGGUUACGAGCAGCAGAUUCAGGCUGUAGACGAAGCAACGAAGGCAAUCCAGGAGCAGAUCGACAGCAUGGCCUGCACUGUAGCACAGAACAAGGAGGACGUGCGUAACGCCCAGGAGGAGCUCACCAAACAGAAGGAAGUGAUCAUGGCUCAGGACAAAGAGCUCAAGGGAAAGAGCUCAGAGGCCAAUAAAAUCAGAGAGCAGAACAACGAAGUCCAGCUGAAGAUCAAAGAGCUUGAACACAACAUCAGUAAACACCGCAAGGACUCCCAGGACGCUGCGGACAAGGUGUCCCGGAUGCUGGAGGAACAUGACUGGAUCCCCUCGGAGCGCCAGUUCUUCGGCCAGCCCAACACCUCCUACGACUUCAAGACCAACAACCCCCGAGAGGCCGGUCAGCGUCUGAAGAAGCUGGAGGAGACGACCGCCAAGCUGGAGAGGAACGUCAACAAGAGAGCCAUGAACAUGCUGAACGAGGCCGAGGAGAGGUACAAUGACCUGAUGAAGAAGAAGAGGAUCGUGGAGAAUGACAAAGCCAAAAUCUUGCAGACCAUCGAGGAGCUGGACCAGAAGAAGAACGAGGCUCUGAACUUGGCCUGGCAGAAGGUAAACAAAGACUUUGGCUCUAUUUUCUCCACUCUGCUGCCCGGAGCCACGGCCAAACUGGCUCCUCCGCAGGGCCGUGGGGUCUUGGAUGGCCUCGAGUUUAAGGUGGCCUUGGGCAACACCUGGAAGGAGAACCUUACUGAGCUCAGCGGGGGUCAAAGAUCCCUGGUGGCCUUGUCUCUCAUCCUGGCCAUGCUGCUGUUCAAACCGGCUCCCAUCUACAUCUUAGACGAGGUGGACGCCGCCCUGGAUCUCUCACACACACAGAACAUCGGACAGAUGCUGCGCACACAUUUUAGACACUCCCAGUUUGUGGUGGUGUCUCUAAAAGACGGUAUGUUCACCAACGCCAACGUCCUCUUCAAGACCAAGUUUGUCGACGGCAUGUCCACAGUGUCCCGGACGACGCUCAGCCAGAGCGACACCAACGUUCCCCAGAGAGGCCAGGACAAGGCUCGUCUAAAAGACAAGAGACACAAGCAGCUCAUCAGCUAAUUUUUGUACUUCUUUUAAAAUCCUAUCACUGGGUUUCUUCACUUGGUGGAUUUUAGACAGUUUAUCUGUACAUUUCCUGUCUUUUCUGAACUUUCCUUUUUUAAUCUUUUGACUCUUCUUUCAUGCUCUCAUUCUGUUUCUAAUGAUCGGUGUAAUGUGCAGCUGAUGUGUUUAUAUAUUUUAGUAAAUAAAGCAGGUCAAGUAUAAACGUC